AUGGCAUUAAGAUUUCCAAGGUUUAGCCAAGGCUUAGCUCAGGACCCCACUACUCGUCGUAUUUGGUUUGGUAUUGCUACCGCACAUGACUUCGAGAGUCAUGAUGAUAUUACUGAGGGACGUCUUUAUCAGAAUAUUUUUGCUUCUCAUUUCGGACAAUUAGCAAUAAUUUUUCUGUGGACUUCCGGGAAUCUCUUCCAUGUAGCUUGGCAAGGAAAUUUUGAGGCAUGGGUACAGGAUCCUUUACAUGUAAGACCUAUUGCUCAUGCAAUUUGGGAUCCCCAUUUUGGUCAACCGGCUGUAGAAGCUUUUACUCGAGGGGGUGCUCUUGGCCCACGGGCUGGUUACACCUACAACCGAAAUGGAAACCGAGCGUUUCCUGGUUUAAAAAUGCCGAAUCCCGCCUCAAUCAUCAUUUGUCAGGACUAUUUGGAGUCAGUUCCUUAG